AAUUCCAUAAUGCAGGAAAAAGAAAAAGGUAGUGUUUAUUUAUGAAAAUGAAUUUGUUUAAUUUAGUCCUUCUCCUUGAGUUGGCAUCACAUGAGCGAGAAGAGUAAAGAAGAAAGAAAGCAAUGCCUGCGAUGGCCAAGAACGCCACCUUCUCCUCCCUUCCAAGGCUCUUCCUAUCAUUCACCAUUCUCUCCAUUCUCUCCCUCGCCCUCUACCUCUUCUCCUCCUUCCCCACACCCACCAUCCUCCACCCUCCAUCCCUCUCCGCCUCCGCCUCCGCCUCCGCCAUCAACGUCUACGUCGCCGACCUCCCCCGAUCCCUCAACUACGCCCUCCUCCAACGCUACUGGUCCUCCUUCUCCGACUCCCGCCUCCCCUCCGAUCACGAUCACGAUCACGAUCACGAUCACGAUCACCUCUCCCCCCACCGCACCGCCGCCUUCCCCCCCUACCCCGACAACCCUCUCAUCAAGCAGUACAGCGCCGAGUACUGGAUCACCUCCGACCUCAUGACCCCUCCGCAGCACCGCGCCACCUCCUUCGCCAAACGCGUCCUCGAUCCCUCCCAAGCCGACGUCGUUUUCGUCCCCUUCUUCGCCACCCUCAGCGCCGAGAUGCAGCUCGGCGCCAACCGAGCCGCCUUCCGGAAGAAGCUCGGCAACGAGGAUUACCGGAGACAGCGACAAGUCAUCCAAGCCCUCAAAGCCACCCACGCCUGGAACCGCUCCGGCGGACGCGACCACGUCUUCGUCCUAACCGACCCCGUCGCCAUGUGGCAUGUCAAAGACGAAAUUGCCCCUGCUGUUUUGCUUGUCGUGGAUUUUGGCGGCUGGUAUAGGCUUGACUCCAAGGCUUCUAACUGUACCCAAAGUGGUGUGGUUCCGCACUUGCAGGUUUCUGUGAUCAAAGAUGUCAUUGUGCCAUACACUCAUUUGCUACCCAGGUUGGACUUGUCUGAAAACAAGGAGCGGGACAACCUUCUGUAUUUCAAAGGAGCUAAACAUAGGCACCGGGGUGGUCUAAUUAGAGAGAAGUUAUGGGAUCUAUUGAUUAACGAGCCUGGUGUUAUAAUGGAGGAAGGUUUCCCUAAUGCAACUGGGCGGGAGCAAUCAAUAAAAGGGAUGAGAGCAUCAGAGUUUUGCUUGCAUCCAGCUGGGGAUACACCCACUUCAUGCCGACUUUUUGAUGCAAUACAAAGUCUUUGUGUACCUGUCAUUGUCAGUGACAACAUUGAGCUACCAUUUGAAGGUAUGGUGGAUUAUUCAGAAUUUUCUGUUUUUGUAGCAGUUAGUGAUGCACUGAAACCAAGCUGGCUAGUCAAUCAUCUUAAAAGAUUUUCAAAAGAGCAGAAGGACAGGUUCCGCCAAAAUAUGGCUCGGGUACAGCCCAUUUUUGUCUAUGAUAAUGAUCAACCAGGUGGUAUUGGACCAAUACCUGUGGAUGGUGCAGUGAAUCAUAUAUGGAAGAAAGUUCAUCAAAAGCUGCCAAUGAUAAAAGAAGCCAUAAUUCGAGAGAGAAGAAAGCCUCCUGGUGUUUCAGUUCCACGCCGUUGUCACUGUACUUGAAUUUAAGGACUUCUUUCUGUUUUUAAUCUUUUAAAGGAGCAGAUAUAUGGGUUAUUGUUUGGUUCGAUUUUUUGUAGCAUUUGAGAGAAAAAAAAAGGUGAUUGUCUUUUUUUUUUUUGGAAGGAGAGGGGGUAUUAAAUUAAAUCUUUAGAUAGUGGUCACCUGUGUGAAUGGUGUAGGAGAAGUUAGUUGCCACUGACCGUGGUUAACGUUACUUGGUAUUUCAUUUCACUUCAUUCUUGUUGCACCUGAAUUGAUAUUUUUCCAUGGUUCCCUUUGUAUUGUAGUCUGAUAAAAUUUUCAGUGAAAUGUGAAUCGAUAAUGAUUAUUGUUUACUA